GAGUAAUGAUUAAUAGAGACGGUUGGGGGCAUUCGUAUUCCAUUGUCAGAGGUGAAAUUCUUGGAUUKAUGGAUGACGAACUUCUGCGAAAGCAUUUGCCAAGGACGUUUUCAUUAAUCAAGAACGAAAGUUGGGGGAUCGAAGACGAUCAGAUACCGUCCUAGUCUCAACCAUAAACGAUGCCGACUAGGGAUUGGCGGAUGUCUAUUGGAUGACUCUGCCAGCACCUUGUGAGAAAUCAAAGUUUACGGGUUCCGGGGGGAGUAUGGUCGCAAGGCUGAAACUUAAAGGAAUUGACGGAAGGGCACCACCAGGUGCUGGGGGUCUUCGAAUGGGAUGGACUUAAUCCGCUCCCACCUGAGAUGUGGUUGCUGCCCUAUGUCUUGCCCGUCCAUCCAGGAAGAAUGUGGAACCAUUGUCGAAUGGUUUACCUGCCGAUGUGCUAUAUCUAUGGAAAGCGAUUCGUGACCAAGCAGACUAAUCUGAUCUUGGAGUUGCGUGAAGAACUCUUUAAUGUGCCCUACUCAGAAAUAAACUGGAAUAAGGCGCGCUCGGAAGUUGCCAAGGAAGACCUUUACUACCCUCAUCCUUUCGUGCAAGAUCUUGUAUGGUGGACACUCUAUCGAUUUGCAGAGCCGAUUCUGAAUCUAUGGCCCGGGAAAAUGUUACGAGAAGUGGCAUUGAAUGAAGUGAUGGAGCAUGUGCACUAUGAGGACGUGAACACACGCUACAUUUGUGUAGGUCCUGUGAAUAAGGUGUUGAACAUGCUCUGUUGUUACAUUGAAGACCCUAGUUCUUUGUCUUUCAAGUUACAUCUUCCAAGACUGCAUGACUAUCUUUGGUUAGCAGAAGAUGGUAUGAAGAUGAAGGGGUACAAUGGGUCGCAGCUGUGGGACACAGCCUUUGCUGUGCAGGCGCUUGUUGCGACAAAUAUGGUAGAUGAGACGGCGAAAUCUCUGAAGAAGGCACACUAUUACCUUGAUAGGUCACAGGUACUUGUGGAGUGCCCCGGUGACCUAAAAAAACACUACCGACACAUCUCAAAAGGUGCUUGGCCGUUUUCCACCGCUGACCAUGGAUGGCCAAUUUCUGAUUGUACUUCAGAGGGCCUAAAGGCAUCUCUGCUUCUGGGUGCACUCCCUUCAGAGCUUGUGGGUGAGAAGCUGCCUGAGGAAAGGCUUUUUGACUGCGUAAACGUAAUUCUCUCCUACCAGAACGCCGAUGGAGGGAUGGCGACGUACGAGAACACGCGAUCAUAUGCGUGGCUAGAGUGGCUGAAUCCUGCUGAGACAUUUGGGGACAUAAUGAUCGACUACACGUUUGUGGAGUGCACCUCUGCUUGUCUGCAAGCCCUGGUGUCGUUUUCGAAGGCCUACCCUCUCCACAGAUCAGAUGAAAUCAGAACUGCCAUAAAAAAGGCUCAGCGGUGCAUUCUGAAGCUUCAACGGAAAGAUGGAUCUUGGUACGGGAGCUGGGGUGUCUGUUUUCUGUAUGGAACAUGGUUUGGAGCAUUCGGGCUUCUGGCGUCAGGACUGACGUACAAGAGCUCACCAGAUAUCCGGCGUGCAGUGAGCUUCAUCUUAGAUAAGCAAUUGCCGAACGGUGGGUGGGGAGAGAGUUAUCUCUCAUGUGAAAAGAAGGUCUACACUAAUCUGCCUGGAGAUAGGGCUCACAAUGUCAGCACUUCUUGGGCGCUCAUGGUUCUCAUUGCCUCAGGCCAGGCUGAGCGCGAUCCUAAACCCCUCCAUGCUGCAGCCCGGAUUCUGAUCAAUUCGCAGAUGGAUAAUGGUGACUUUCCUCAACAGGAGAUCAUGGGAGUUUUUAAUGCCAACUGCAUGAUAUCGUACUCCAACUACCGCAACAUUUUCCCGAUCUGGGCACUCAGCAUGUACCAUACUCAUGUCUUGAAGAAGAGAGGAUGAGUGUGCACAGAAAUUGGGCUGGUCAUGCUUCACGACUCGCGGAAGGAUGAUCUAUCCAUUGGGUACAAGCAAGAUUCACAGUCUAGGGUUUAGGGUUUAGGGUUCGCAUUUAACCCCUAUUUGAACCUGUGGUUAACUUGCGAAAGAGGGUUAUAAACUUGUAAAGGGCUACAGCGCUGCGCGUAAGGCCAGGUGAAAUCCAUCAAGGUAUCUGAUAAGGUGAUUCUUGGGCUCCUCUAGGACAAGAGAGCAAGCUGCACACUUUAGGGUUAAGGUUUGGGCCCUUUUGAGGCUUUCGAUACCCCCCGAGGUGGGGUAUCGUAGCCCAUUUUAAUGCCAGCUGAAAACCUUGAACGUAUCCGAUGAUAUGAUUGCUGGGCUUCUCUGGGACGAGAGCAAGGUGCAUAUUUUGGGGUUUGGGCCCUUUCGAGGCUUUCGAUACCCUUUUAAGUGGGGUGUAAUUUGCAUUUUAAGGGGUCAGUGUUUGGGUCAUUUGACGUCUCCGAUACCCCCCCCUAGGUGGGACGUCAGGGUGUUAUGGAUUUGCCCAGGACUAGGACCCUGGACCUCCUUCCGGGUAUCACACUUUUACUCUCCUGACCCUUUUUUUUUUUUUUUUUUUUUGUUGUUGUGUGUCCUUGGUGCCAGGCCGCCGGCCCAUUUACAUGUCCGUCUCUUGGACAUUUUCCCUUGCUGCCCGUCUGGUACUCACUUAUUCCGGACAUACCCCUGGGACCAACCCAAGCUCGGACCUGCUCUCAGGUAUAUGUACCGGUGCUGCACAUCU